CGCCAUGAUGACCUCGGAAGUUUAUUGAAGCGUCGACAUCCUGUCUUGUUGGAGAUUUCAAAGGCUACAUUUUUCCAACUAUUGUCCUAAAAGGAUCAUUUAAACUGGUUCAACCUUUAAAAUUAAAACAAGGUUGUCCAUGUAUAACAUGAAAAGUUCAACGAGUUCAGAAAGGACGUCUGUUUCUGGCAGUACGAGGAAACUCAGAAAGAAGCCACCUGUGUUAAAACUGACCACAGCUUCACAGCUUCCGCAGAACACUAAUUGCCUGGCGUGUUCAGAUGAUGGCAGAUAUCUCUGCUUAGGUCAUGCGGGGGGCUUGUCUGUGUGGUGCGCGACUACACUGAACCAUGAGGCCCAGUGGCUGCAGGAAAGACUGGAGAUUACGUGCAUUCACAUGACCACCACCGGCGAGAGCUUUUAUCUGCUGGCCAGUAUUGAUGAUAUGGGUGUUGCCAGAGUCUUUAUGUUUAACAUGGAAUGUAUUUAUCCUUUCAGCGUUAUUAACUCAUUGGAGGAUAUCAACAAAAGAAACGUUUGUUUCAACUUUGAAAUAUCUGAAGGAGGCGACUAUGGAGCUGCAUCAAUGAGGUGCAACAACGAUGUUUGGCUGGAUAUCUAUUACUUUCCAGUAGAUGACUGGAUGAGAGAGUUAAAGGAUCCCAAACUCUCUGCAAACAUGAAAUGGUCUCCAGCUCCUCGGGUGAAUAAAAUCAUGCCAUUAGCAGCGACCAUGACUGAUUUCUCCAACAUGUUGACUCAUUGUUUGGUUCUAGAUGACACGAACGAGCCCCCCAGACAUUGCACUUAUCACUUUCUCCUGAAAUGUGGUCACUCUCAUGGCCAGAACAAACCAAAGUCAGGAUGUCCCAUAACUGUAUGUUUUUGGUGGAAUGGAAGUUACAAUCUUCUCUACCACAUGCUGUCCAAAACAACAAAGUUCAAACAAGGUCCAGAACCUCAGGCGUCUGUGCUGUGGCCCAACUCAGCAGAAAUCGUAUGCUCCGCCGUCAGCAGAUGCACUCGUUUCAUUGCGCUUGGCCUCAGCAACACUCUUGUGUGUGUGUGGGACAGGCUAGCUGGCGCUCCCUUGUCAGUCUGUAAGAUGUCUACAGGCAGCGCCUUCCUCAGGCUGCAGUUUGCGGAUUACUGCCUUGCAUGCACUGAUAUUACCCAGACUUUAACCACAAGUGAAAUCCACCUUGUGGUUGUUUGUAAAAGUGGAGCAGUUUAUAUAAUGAACACAAGGCGAGGAGAAGCAACCCGCUCAGCGCAACUCACGCAAAGGCCAAAAGACAGUGGUGAUGUGCUGACUGUUACUGCAUCCGUGGCAUUUCUGCGGGGCUUGUCACUUUUGGUGCAUCGUAAUGGGAAAAUGUUCCUGCAAGAUGUCGUCAACGGAGCCACAGUAUGUGCCCUGAUUCCUCCCACCAAUCAUCUGCUGGCUACCCACUGUGCUCCUGUUUACGCUCUGAACGUCAAGCAGCACAUUCUGUAUAUGCAAGGUGUCCAGGAGUCCACCCUUUGCAGUUCAUCCAUAGGAAAUGAGCGUCCAAGUCAACUCCUCGUUCUACAUUUCGACGAGCACGACGUCACCAAGCCUUAUGUUGUGUCACAACCACAAUCUCCAAGGCUACAAGCAAUAAGUGUUACCGGCGAAGAAGCUUGCAAUGAUUAUCUCCAUGAAAGAGCUCUGUCAAUGGAGGAAAGGCACAAAUCCAUAACGCAGACAUGGAAGCGACUGCAGGAGACAGGUGCUUACGUAAAGAACUGCUAAAUAAUUUUAUCUUACUCAUUGGUAAUAUUGUCAAAAAAUAUUGCAAAAAAUGCUGUUAAUCAUUUAAGUUCAAAUAUUGUGAUGUCCCAGCUUCUAUGGGAAUGGAGAUUAAUUUAUUCUUUUUCUAACAUGGCUCAUUUUAAUAUUCAAUGAAUCAAUCAAUCAAUCAAAGAUUAUUCGUAAAGCCCUUAAUCACAAAUGUCUCAAAGGGCUGCACAAACGACAACAACAUAUCCUCGGAUCUGAUCCCACAACAGGGCAAGAAAUAACUCAACCCAAUGGGAGCAUUGUGAAAACCUAGAAGGGAUCCCAGAUAUAGGGAUCUCCCCUCCUACAGGAUCUGAUAUUUAUUUAAAAUGUUUUGUUUUAGACACUCAUUUGAAUUAUGAGAGAUAUAGUUGCCAAAGAGCUGCAGGUGAGGGUCAUGAAAGAACUUCUUGGCACCGUUAGCAAAAGUUUGCUUCCACAGUAGAAACUGGGUCAAUUUCCGUUCAUUUCUGAUACGCCUGCAUUAAAGUUAAAGUUAAAGUUAAAGUACCAACGAUUGUCACACACACACUUGAAAUUUGUCCUCUGCAUUUGACCCAUCCCCUUGAUCACCCCCUGGGAGGUGAGGGGAGGAGUGAGCAGCAGCGGUGCCGCACCCGGGAAUCAUUUAUGGUGAUUUAACCCCCAGUUCCAACCCUUGAUGCUGAGUGCCAAGCACUCAGCACCAUUUUUUUGUAGACUUUGGUAUGACUUGGCCGGGGUUUGAACUCACAACCUACCUAUCUCAGGGCGGACACUCUAACCACUAGGCCAAUGAGUAUUAUACAAUGAAAUAACUGCGCAACAGAGUCCACUUGAAUGAAAAGGCUCAAAAACCUAGGGCCUGAUCUACUGAAGGCUUGUGUGUGUUAAAACACGUGCUAACUGGAAAGUGCAUGCAAAGUCGAUCUACUAAGUCCCUUAAAUAAGCAAAAUAGAGAGAUUAAACAUUAAGCGAGUCUGUCUUUAUGUACUUUAUAUACAGAAUAUAUGCUGAUAUUAAGAAUGCCCACAAUACUUGGAAGAGUAGAUGCAAAUAUAAUCAUUCAGCGCUUACAUUGUGAUUUAUCAAGACUAAAACUGCUCUGCAGUCGCUGUUUUGCAUCCGAAUUUAGCGUAUUUGAAAUGUUUGUGCAAAAUGACACAUUUACGCAGAAAUGGCUGUGAGAAAGGAGGUGAUUGGGCUGCAAAGACAAACGAUGGACAGAGAAUCCAGUCCAAUGUGUAUAUGUCAACAUAUUUUAAGUGUCAUAAAUAAAAAACUAAUAGGCAUGUCUUCUAUUCAUCAAUAUCUUUUUUUUUAUCAUUUUAUAGCUGUUGGGUCACUUAAGGGGUUGAUUAAAACAAAUUCAACUGAUUCGUGUUGGUGUUUUUUAAUGGGUUUUUUUUAUCCUAUAGGACAUACAUUAUUAAUAUAUUUUAUAUAAAAAUGUUGCAAUUUGCAUUUUCUUGCCUCUGGAUCAUUCAAGACACACCAUCACAACACUGCAGUGCCUCCCACAGUGCACCUUCACUUCAUUAUAGUCAUGUACUGGUGCUUUAUACAUGGGUUUUUGUACGUUUCAACAGGUCAAAUUUGACUUUACGUUUUAAGACUUUUUAAGACCAUAGUGAGUAUAAUUUCAGAUCCUUUCACAUCCAUAUGGACAAAAAUUAACAAAAACAUUAGAUUCGCCAAGUUAAUACUUUACGAAAAACUCAUAACAAAAAUGCUUGAAAAUAACUUUGAAACAAGAUUAAAUACAAAUAAUAUCAAGAUAAUACUUAAAUGGUAAAUGCUAAACAUUAAAAGUAUAUCAAACAAACCUUUAACAGAGGGAUCACUGCAAACUCAUGCAUUUUUAGACGUGAUCGGCUUCCCUUGGUGUGCUUGUCACUAUUUUCGUCUUCUUUCGUAAAAUCUUGACCUCUUUCGCCCUUCUUGAUUACUUCUCGAGGAACUCUGAAGAAAAAAUGUUUUCUUUUUUGCGAUUAGAACGGUUCCAACAACCUAAAAGAAAGGCAAUUAUAUGGUGUUUUUCUUUGAGAAAGGCAUAAUCUUGCCCAGAACACUAUGCUAACAGAUGCUUGCUGGCCCACCACUUCGGGACUAUUAAAUUAAGUGAGCUGUAUGUGACGUUAGGUGAAUACAACUCAGAAUUAAAAACAUAUCUACGGUACUACUACUGUAUCGGCACAAAGUUAAGAAAAACAGAGUGUGUAGACAGAAGGAUUGUCUAAAAUGGAAAGAAGGCGAAUAGCUUGCAAACCUAAAACAGUAUUUGGAUGUGAAUAAUGUGGAUACCAUUCAAAUUUUAUCAGCACAUUUUGUAUCUGGUAAGAAUACAUUUUUACCUGUUUUUGUGACUUUUUUAAAAAACAUAUUGCUAGUAAACAAGGAAUCGUUUUCAUCUUAGCAUGACCAGAUGACAUUAGUAAAUCUUCCUUGCUUUCCUCACUCAACCAUAAACUGAGUGUAAACAUCCAUCCAUCCAUUUUCUACCGCUUAUAAGAUUUUCUACCGCCUAUAAGAUUUUCUGUUUAGUGUAAACACUAAACAGAAAAUCUUUAUAGCUUUUAAUAUCACUUGCUGUAUAAAGUUGAAGAACAGAUUAGACAUGAGAAGCUGACCUGAAAUUCUUGGAAUAAAUAAUGGAAAUAAUAUAAAAUAAUUGUGUUGUUUUUUUAAUGGUUUUACUGUUGUGAGGAUGCUAUUACCACAGAGAUAUUAGCGCGUGGUUACUGGAUGUAAAAGUGAACACUCACGUACCGCCGUUUGUGCUUGCCGCUUUUGUGCUACAAAUAUAGUCCUACCUUAUUAAUUGCGCAGAACUCUAUUCUGAUGGUGCUCGGUAGAUUCUGUCCGGGCAGCACAGGUUUUAGUUCUGUUUUGUUGUUACGUUAUAGCGGGAUCAAAAAUCUAAAUAUUUAAAACCAAGACUGAAGUUUUAAAUAAAAGUCUUAGAACAUUUCAAAAUCUAAUUACAGAUAUUUUAUGAGCUUUGAGAGAAUCCUAAGACAUUUUAGGGCUUUACAUUGAAAUGUUUGGAUUUAAGACUUUUUAAGAUCCUGCGGAUAACCUGUGUAUUGAUUUGUGUGAUGCAUGUCAACAACAUGACAAAACACCACUUGUUGGACCGAUGAUGAGAAUACACUGUAAAUGAGUACCUACAUGCAAAAAAUGUGGUAAUAACUAGAUCAUGAUCACCCAUAAAGAUCACUUGCACAUUAUAAAAUGUUUUAUCUCAUAUAAUAAGAAUAUUUAAGGAAAGCUGUCUGAUCUCGAGUUUCUAUGCAGAUGUAACUUGACUGUUUUAUGUGUGCUGUCUUUUAACUUCAAUACUUUUAGAUCGAAAGAGAAAACAAAUUAUGUUCAUGAUAGUUUUUGCAUACCAAUCUCAAUGCAUUCCAUUGGGGAAGGAGAAACAAACAUGGCCCUUAACAUUUGGGAAUUGACUCAGCACAGAUAAUAGGCAGCAGUCCUCCAAAGAUGUCAGCACAAAGCCUGAGGGGUGUUUGCUGAUGAGAUCCAUGCAGAGGAUCAGUGCAGCAUUUGCAGUGUAUGUGUGUCCUUAAAAGUGAGUUAUGUCUUUUUCUAUUCACCUCAAAGGGACAACCGAGUCACAGUCAGCACUUUUAAUCAGCAAUACCACAAUUACACAAUUUUGGAGCGCACACACAGACCCUUUUUGAUUGGUUCUUGCUCAAGUCUCCAGAUGUAUUUAUUGUACUGUAGAUUGUUUGGAGAAAUUACCUCUAAUCGGGCACUUUUUAUUUAUGUAAAAUUUUGAAUUUGGAUAUCAAAAAGUAUCAGACCAUUAUACUUUUUUUUUCCCCCAACAAUAUCAUUAACAAGCGUUCAUUUUAAAAAUUUGAAAUGUUUUUCCAAACCGUACAUUUUUUCAUUUUUUUUUAAUCAUUUCAUACUUUUGUGAAUUAAAUGUUUCUAAUGAGUGAAGUUAAUAAAUAAUUAUUUUAAAUUAAUUAUUUUGUGUAGAUAAUCAUCUGACCAUAUCACAAAACGUGUUUGCCUCUGUGCCUUUUUUGAAAAUGUUAAAUGUUUCCUUUAUUAUUGCUAAAUUUUAACUACAGUUUUACUUACUUUAUUUGUAUAAGUUAUUAAAUAUUUUUUUAUUUUAACUUUU